CACACGCGGCGGCGGCGGCUCCCGCGGCGGCAGCAGCAGCGGCGGCGGCGGGGCAGCCUCAGCAUGUCCGCGCCCCGGGCCCAGCACCAGCGAGCGCCGCCCCCCGCUGGCCCCAGCCCCAGCUCCCGCUCGCAGCACCAGCACCAGCGGCUCCCGGCUCUCUAGGGCGGUGCGGAAGCGCCCUCCCCUCUCGCCUGGAGGUUUCAUUUCACUUCACCAAUAUUUCAAGUCACAGAGGAGUUGGUAAAGGCAUUGCCAUGAAACCUAACUUGAAGCAAUGGAAACAACUAAUGCUGUUUGGGAUAUUUGCAUGGGGCCUCCUUUUCUUGGUGAUCUUCAUCUAUUUUACUGAUGGUAACACUGCAGAACCAGUUCCAAGUUCCUUCUCUUACAUUGAGACAAAGAGACUCUUGCCCAUUCAGGGCAAACAGAGAGUUAUUAUGGGAGCAAUACAUGAUCCAUCAUUCUCUGAAACUAUAGAUGGAAAUGAGGUGCUUCUUAAUGAAGAUCUUUUAGAUUCAUUUAGAUUCAAAUCAGGGCCUGGGAGCGUUAAAAAGUGGGCUGAACUAGAUGAUUUUAAAAAUGAAAAUGAGUUUUUUCCUUCUCAGAUGAGAAGAAAAUCAAAAAGUACUUUCUAUCAAGGGGGUGGUGAUUAUUUAUUUGCUGCUGGUCAGCCUCGUUCACACAGCAACAUCCAGCAGAUCAUGAAAUUCAUCUCCACAAAUGAGGGCACUCAAAAGGAAAAUGUUUUACAGAAUAACUGGAGCCAUCAGAAAAGAAGGAAAAGGAACCCAAGAUACAGGAAAAGCCAGAUGUUUGAUGAGUCUGAUGACUGGGAUGGGUUGUAUUCAACAAUGUCAAAAUCUUUCCUUUACAAGCUUUGGAAAGGGGAUGUCUCCUCCAAGAUGUUAAACCCUCGGUUGCAAAAAGCCAUGAAAGAUUACCUGAACACCAACAAGCAUGGGGUACGAUUCAAAGGGAAGCGAAACUCCAGACUGACGGGAGACCAGCUCUUCUGUGAGGUCAAAGAGAGGGUGAAUGUGAAAACAAUAGAUGGCAAGGAAGCCCCUUUUUCAACUCUUGGAUGGGAAAAGCAUGUUCCUCAAAUUCCUCUGGACAAACUGUAUGCACAUGGUUUUGGAAGCUGUGCUGUAGUUAUGUCUGCUGGUGCAAUACUGAACUCGUCUCUAGGAGAUGAAAUAGAUUCGCAUGAUGCAGUUCUGAGAUUUAAUUCGGCUCCUACACAUGGUUAUGAAAAAGAUGUUGGAAAUAAAACAACCAUGCGCAUCAUUAACUCUCAGAUUCUUACCAAUCCAAAUCAUCACUUCAUUGACAGCUCCUUGUAUAAAGAUGUCAUUUUAGUGGCCUGGGAUCCAGCUCCCUACUCUGCAAAUCUGAAUGUGUGGUACAAGAAGCCAGACUACAACCUCUUCACUCCAUAUGUACAGCAUCGCAGGAAGAAUCCAAACCAGCCAUUUUACAUUCUCCAUCCUAAGUUCAUAUGGCAGCUCUGGGAUAUCAUUCAGGAGAACACUAAAGAGAAGAUACAGCCCAACCCACCAUCUUCAGGUUUCAUUGGGAUCCUCAUCAUGAUGUCCAUGUGUGAUGAAGUGCACGUGUAUGAAUACAUUCCUUCAGUCCGACAGACUGACCUUUGUCACUAUCACGAACUGUACUAUGAUGCUGCUUGUACCUUGGGGGCUUAUCAUCCACUACUGUAUGAAAAGUUGCUGGUGCAGAGAAUGAACAAAGGUUUGCAAGACGAUUUGUACCGGAAAGGGAAAGUAGUUCUGCCAGGAUUCAGGUCUGUAAAGUGCCCUGAACAGAACCAGUUCCCACACUUGUAGAAAAGAAUCUUUCAGAAACAAUGUGCAAUAGGGUACUACUGUCAUUCUACGAACAAGAAGAGAAUACUUGAAAAUGUAUCUUAGACCAAUUUAGUCUUGGGUCUUAUAAACUGUAAUUAAGUAGCAGGCAUGAGAAUUAUUUACUUCCUAAGCCUGAGUAUUUAUUACUGCUUUGCAAAUAGUUAGAGGGGGACAAAAAGCUUAGCGCAUCAAAGAUGCAAUGUCACAGUUAGGCAGAGAGAUAAUGUAUUGUUGUGGGUGUGACCUGUCAGAAAAUGUCAGUGGUUUCUAGAUUGCAACUUCGUAAUGCAUUUAUUUAAUAGUUAAAAGUUAAUAUUGUGAACCAGCUUGUAUGGUUCAUAAAAAGAGCUGUCAGUUGGAGAGGAGAGAUUCCUCCCAGUUCUAAGGGAUAUUCACUUUAUUUCAAGUUAAAUGAUCGUGGCUUUGAACUGGGCAUUCAGUUGAUAGAACUUGAUUUAAUUUACAGAAUCCCAUUUACAUCCUUCUGGCAUUUUAUGGGACUUCAAAGUAGGUGUUAAUGUGUGGUGUGAUGAGACCCUCGCAAAUGAGAAUGGGACCCAAGAGCUUUCCAUUUUAAUCAAAGAGUUCCUGUAACCAGAAUUUAGUGAUUGAUAUUUACUCAAGUUUAAAUGUAUAUUGCUGUACACUUAGCCAGGCUAUUUAAAUGGGUACCGUACUGCUGCACUUAUCUUUCAUGCCAGGCAGUUAUGCUGACUUGGCAAAGGAUGAAGACAAAAGAAUCUCUUUUUUUCCUCCAGAAAGAGACGUAUUCUGCAUCUACUAGGGAUGAAAUUCACCUGUGCAGACUGCUAGCCCGUAGGCAACGACAAGCCUACCUGGUUCAUGGGCCCUUUUGCACAGGAAUGACUUCUGCCUUGGUAUAUGUGUGUAGAACAUAAAGCCCUGUGAAACUAAGGGCUCCUAUACACGUGCAGGGAGGCUGUAAUUCCAGUGCGUCGGAGCAGAUUUGAUUUAAUCAUCUAAUGAGCUUUAGUUCAAAGUAUCCUGCUGCCAUUUUUCAGCCUGGGGACACUGAUACAUGUGACACUCCAGGCGCUUUUAAUUAGCGUGGCUCUAAGAGCUACACUAUUAAAGCAUCCCCCUGCCUCCCAGGGCAUGUGUAUAAACUCCAUAAGAGAGCUUACCUUAUGUGUAUACACACAGACAUUCUGCUAUUAAUAAGGAUGUCAUUCAGAAACGUAGAACCGCCUUUUGGAUGAUGAUAAGAAUUUUGAGUGGGGAGAUUUCAGGAUUUACAAGUGGGGUAUUUUGUUGCAAAUUGAGUCGUGUUCACUUAUUGCUUUUGAAAAAGCAGUAAGAGAUUUUUUGAGAGAUUUUUUUUUCAAUUUAAAGUUAUGAAGACCAUAUCAUACAGAAAAACUGUAAUGCCUGCAAAAAAAAAAACUUAUUGUGGCUUGUACAUUCAGACAAUCUGAUAAUUUUCCUUUUUAAAAUUCAGCACAAAUAUUCUCUAAGGCAUGUCUAAAAAUCCACCUGAAUGUUAAUGCAUUUCAAACACAUUUCCCUUGGCAAGACCUCAGUUUUGGACUGAAUACUGUUCUUUGCUUUUGAUUUCUUAGUGACCUAAAUGCAGCGAAAAAUGAUGAUGUACAAGAUAGUGUACAUUUCCUAAUAUUCAGUCAGCAAAAGGUGACUGGCUGCUAGCAACACUAUUAAAAAAUAAUGGGGGGAAGCAUAUUGCAUAUACUUCGGCUUUGGGCCACUUUAAUAGACAGCUGGUAAUGGUAAAAUUUAUAUUAUUAGUUAUUUCAUUUUCUGUAGUGACAUCAGUAUAAAUUUCUGAAUUCCAUAAUACUUUCCACACAAGCCCGACUCCUCCUUGAAGGCAUGCAGUUUCCCAUCCACUGUAAGUACAGAAAGAAUUUAUUGCAGAAACUCAGCCUUCAUUCUUCUCAGCUGACAGAAGGUGCGUACAGAUCUCUUCAUAGUGUAAUGCAGGCCCUGCAUGGAGCAGAUUAGUGUGUUUGUAAAUAAUUUUGUCAUAUAUUCAAAAAGCAGUUUUCACUAACUUUAUCCAGAUACUUUACAAAUUGAUUUUUUUAAAAUAAUAUCAUAUUUGACAGCACCUUUUAAAAACAAAAGAUAAACAACAACCCAUCUGUGUUUCUGGGAAACCUGAAUAUUAAAACAAAAACAAUUUUUAUUUCUCCCUUAUUUUUGAUUCAGCUUCUGAAAAUGUACAGGCCUUUUUAGUCCAGGCAAAUUGGAAUUACAGCUGUUCGGAUUAUCAGAGAGUUUCUCCUUCGCUUAUACUGGGUCCAGAUUACGUUACCUACUGUACAUUUGUAACAAAUGGAGUCGGUGACCUUUUUGUUAUAUACUAUUAUAAAUGAAGCACUACCAGCUUAAAUGCAACCACACAUGUGGGUAUAAGUAUUCAAAAAAUGUAUUUGUCUAUUUUCAACCUAGAUCAACACACACCUCUCUUCAUUCUGUAGUAGCGAGCACUCCAGUGCAAAUUUUCUUGUCCAAGUAUAUAUACAUGGCAAGAAAUCUUCACUUUUCCCAGAUAACGCAUAGUUUCUUAAGCUGUGACCUAUGCUUUGUCUUUCAUACACCACUCUAUCAUACCUCAUACCUUUAUUCUUCAGUUCUCCUUCCAGAAUUGAACUGUCUGUAUGGAUGGGUGCUACAGUAUCCUUCCAUAACAGGUACUUAAAAAGCUGACACACCAGCCUCUUCCAAAAAAAAAAAAAAAGACCCCAGCAUCAGUUGUUAUGCAUAUAGUCCUAGUCCUCCCAAGGUGGUUCUUCCUGUGAUGUUUCAUUAUUCUGCCCAAGCCAUUUUGAUAAUCAAAAAAGAUUUUUCUCCUUGUAACCCCUAUAUCACACUGAAAUAUUCAAUGCAAGUUCAGAUGAACCCGAUUUACUGACUGAGGGCUUGCUUCCAGCUUGCUGCUGUACAAGAUAUAGGGAGGGAAGCAAAGAGCAAAAUUAAGAGAACUGAAGAAUUACAGACCUCACAUGUCUUCCCUCACUUCAAGAAUGCUCUUCUUUGCUUUCAAUCACACUUGUUUCAUGGAAGACAUGGGACAUCUUUUUUAACCAUGGUGACCUGUGACAUAUGUUGCAUAUAUAGUGACAAAUAAAGCAUUUUCCCAUCCAAGUCAUAUUUCUUAAAUAUUUCAAGGCAAAAUCUUGUAGCCCAUAACUGCUGCUUGGUGUAAGUGGGAGACCUGCUGGCCAAGACCUGCGCAAACGUGUCUCUGGAGCAUAGUCUGUAUAAAGUAAAUACCCAAGUUAGCCUCAUCCCCCUUGUUAAACUUGUUGCAAAGCCAGAUCUUCUAAGUUUUGGUGCUUUUAUUGCUAUAUAGGGAAAUUGCCUUCAAAAAUUAUAAAAGCCUUGUUCCUGUGCACUGAUGGUGUGCGACUGAGGUGAAAGAGUUGUACUUAAAAACAAACAGCAUGGGUAAAUGUGCCGAAUUUCUUAAUUUGUUUUAUGUAUGCUCUGUUUUCCACUGUGAAUUCUGCAGUUUAUUCAACAUGUGGUGCUCUCUAUCAUUUUAUGCAUUCAGCCUUUAGAUAGUUAAAUCAAGGUAUUCUUCUUUUCAUCUCCGAGAAAAUGCGAAAGUUGGCUCAUUUUGCGCCCCAUCUUUUUUGGUGGACAGAUUAUUUUCACUGUCCCAUUCCUUAUACGAUUUCAAGGAUUACCUGUGAGCAGUCAUUCCUUUGGAUUAGACUGCAGUCCUUUGUUUUCUUCCCUAUUGUGCCAGUUUAUACUAUUAUGUUCUGUUAAAGCUGAUGAAGUAACACCUGUAUUACAAAUUUGUAUGUGUUGGUAGAGACAUCAACAUAUAAUUACACUGAACUACACAUUCUUGUCUGGUCUACAUUCUGAGCAAAAAGUUAAACUAAUGAGUGCAACCCCCUGGCAUGGAAACUUCCUUUCAGACUAAUAAUUCCCUUUGGAUUUUCUGCAAGUCCAUUUCUUGCCAAUUGAGCAAGACUGAAAUGGUUUAGUAUUAAAUAAUACUGGGUCUCUGCAUAAAAGAGUUGCACAGAUUUAGCUUAACUGGCUAAAAACAGACUAUUAAAUAGGAGCUCAAGCUGUUCGUAGAUCCGGGCAUACCUAGUUAUUUUUGUUUUAUUCUUCAGUGAUGCUCUCAAACUGAAAUGCUGUGUAGACACCAAUACACACAUCUGAUAAAAAUGUAUGUUAAAUGCAUGAUCUCUGAAAGUAAAUCACUUUCACUUUCUGCUUCUUCUCUUCACGUGGUCUCCAUUCAUGGACAUGCUAUAUUUGCUUUCUGAAGUGGGUAUUUCUGCAGAGUGUUAAAAUGUCGUUAGAAAACAUAUAGAUAUUUCCCAAGUGUUAUCCUCUCUCCAGUGCAAGUGGAUACCUGAUUUAACUGUUUGGACUUUAAAGUAGCCCAUGUCUGGGCAUGCCUCUCAUAGGUUUAUUUAAUUAAAUGGAUCAUGACACCAUGAAUUUCUUCUCUUUGACUUGGUGAUGAAAUUCGCAUUUUUGUUCUUGAAAUAUCAGCUUUGUGAAAGCCUUACAUUUAUCCUUAUCAUCACAUUCUCUAUGAAAUGUAGUCCUUGAACUAUUCAAAUAUAGAAAACUGUGUACUUUUUUAACAGCUUUGAGAAUUAUUUUGUAUGAUGAUUUUUUUAAAUGAAUGUGUACUCUUCAACAAAUUAAAGCUUGAGAUUUUACAGGAGUCACAUUUUUAAACAGUGUUUGUAUACAUUUUAACACUUUUAUAUUUUAUAUUUUGAUUUUGUAUAUUUUUAUGUAUGCACAGUGUACAGAUCUUUUCCUGUAAAUAAAACAUUUGUUUUCGGUU